AUGUUGAUUGGCGCAGCCAUUCUUGCCCUGCUCCCCGACCAGCACCGCUUGCUCGUGCGGUAUCCGGUCACUUUGAAGCUCAACCACCUGGGGAGCAGCGGGCUUCCCUCAACAGCGGCUUCUCAGUGCUCCAAGCUGCUGAGCUGCUUGUCAGACGGCGGCUGGCUGGCGGGGGAGUGGUAUUCCUUCUCCCCAGAAUGCACUGCGCUGAUGCGGCCGGCGGGCCCGAUCAGAUCCCACACGCUGCUCCUGGGCGACAGUGUCGACCGCUAUCUGGUGGACGACUUCUGCAGCGGCCUGAACUCCUCAACGUCAAACUCGUCACUCGCAAAACUAUAUGACUGGACAGACGGGGUGUUCUUCUACAAGACUGGUGCGUCGGCGGCGGCAGUGUGCGACGUCAUCCAAGCCAAUGCCAGCGUCGGCUCCUUGGCCUUUGUCCACCUGUACGGCUCCCAGCCGCACGGGCCGUACCUGCACGGGCACGUCAACAACGCGCAGGACCCCUACACAGACACGGCCCUGCGGAUACCAAAGGCACUGGAGCAGUACCAGCGGAGGUUCCAGCGGCUGCCAGACCUGAUUGUCUACCAGGCGGCCCUCUGGGACGUGGUCAAGCUCGAGAUGCCCGCAAACCUCAACCUCACGGCGCCGCUGCUCGAAACGUACGUCUCGGACGUGCGCCAAACAGUCGCAAACUUGACGGAGCGGUACCCGGGCGCGACGCUCAUGCUGCGCACGACGCCCGGCCUGGUGGGCGCGGCGUACCUGUCACAGGGCCGCGCGCUGCACAUGUACAACGCAGCGCUUCGCCAUGUCGCGCGCGAGCGCGGCCUGGUGCUGCUGGAUUGGGCGGCCAUGAAUUCCGGCAUUGCUGACUUUCUCCGCGACAGGAUGCACCCUGACGCGAAGCACAGCAGAUUCUUUGCCAAUGUCAUUGUAUCCGUUGCUGACCACUGCACUCAAUGA